CGGUUCGGUACUCUCUGGGUGCGGCGUUUAAUGUGAUGUGAAAAUUAGGAUUUAAGUCGUAAUUUAUAGUGUGGUUUAAAUAAAUUAGGUCCAGCGACCACAAGCAUACAUACAUAAUGGUAAUAUCGGUCUCCGUAUUUCGAGGGUUCCACCCGGAAUGUUUUUGUAUCUGUACGCUUCCAUGUCCCGCAGUUAUAUUAAACUGUGAACAUGUCCCACACUGUUAUGCCCGGUAAUCACACCGAUCAACAAAUGUCUGCUCUAGAGGAAACGAGGACGAGUCUUUGCGAUCAGUUUGCCUCUGUCUCUGGGUCGGACAGUGCUGUGGCGCAGUGUUAUCUAGCAGAAAAUGAAUGGGAUAUGGAGAGAGCACUGAACUCGUUCUUCGAGGCUCAUAUGGACUCAGUCUUUGAUGUUGAAGAUGAGGAGGAAAAUAAAGAUGUUUCUGGGAAUAAUAAGAGAAAGGGGGUGAAUACUUCUGACCCUGCUGAUACUUCAGGGACAAAGAAGAAAUUUAAGACAGACCAGGUGGACUGCAUUGACCUGACAGUGGAGGAGCCCACCUGCUCCAACAGUGUGAACCCCAAAGAAAGUCAAGCAGGAAGUGGUGUCCCUGAAUCUAAUGCGGAGGACAGCAAGCUCUCCAUCAUCAGCUGGAAUGUGGAUGGUUUGGACACAUUGAGUCUUGCAGAGCGAGCCAGGGGCUUGUGUUCAUAUCUAGCUCUAUAUACACCAGAUGUGGUUUUCCUCCAAGAACUUAUUCCAUCUUAUAUUCAGUAUCUUAAGAAACGUGCUGUCAGCUAUCUGUUUGUUGAAGGAAGCGAUGAUGGAUACUUCACGGGAAUAAUGUUGAAGAAAUCAAGAGUAAAACUUUUGGAAAGUGAGAUCAUCUUUUACCCUACAACACAAAUGUUGAGAAAUCUAUUAGUUGCUCAGGUGACUUUCUCAGGACAGAAGCUAUACUUGAUGACGUCACAUUUAGAAAGCUGUAAGAACCAAUCAGAGGAGAGAAUGAAACAACUGCGGCUUGUAUUUCAAACGAUGCAGGAAGCACCAGAAGACGCUACUGUAAUUUUUGCCGGGGACACCAAUUUAAGAGACGCCGAGGUGGUAAAGGUGGGAGGUUUGCCUCCAGGUGUGUGUGAUGUUUGGGAACAGCUGGGCAAGCAGGAACACUGCCGAUACACCUGGGACACCAAAGCAAACAGCAAUAAGACGGUGCCUUACAUCAGCAGAUGUCGCUUCGACCGCAUCUUCCUUAGGUCUGCUAAAACCGGCCCGAGAGUCACUCCUGACCACAUGGCUUUGGUGGGAAUGGAGAAACUGGACUGUGGCCGUUACACCAGCGAUCACUGGGGAAUUUACUGCACUUUCAACAGAUGAUUAUUAAAUCCAUAGUAGAACUUUAGAAGAUAGUUUUAAAAAGUGUUAAGAAUGUGAAGAGUGCCUACAAAUUUAGACUAAAGAGCAGUGUAAGAAACAAAGACAUACUGAUAAUAAUAGAAGGCAAAGCUGGAUAUAAAAUACUUCAAAAAGGGUUUAAACCUCAGUAAUUGUUAUUUUUUUCAUACAAUAUCUUCUGUUAUCAAACCAUGAGUUCAGCCAAUCUCUGCUCUCCCAUAUAAUUUUUAAAAAACAUGAAAAGGUUGAUUGAAUUAAAGUGAUUUUUCCUAAAUAA